CCGCCCUCCCCCACGCCCCCGUGGGCAACACGGCCCCCUCCGUCACUUUAUUGUCGAGCAUGACUCUUGAUGUUGCCCCUGACCAUGGCCGGGCCCCCCUGGCCGGGGACCAUCCCCCUGCACGACCCCCUGGCAUGGACCCCCUGCACCUUCCUUCUUUCACAUCACCACACUCCGCUACGGACCCGCCUGCUGUGGGCGGCCAGGGGCGGCGGCGGCGGCGGCGUAGCGCCUUCCGCUACCCGUCGCCGCCCCCCUCCCCCCACGCACCUCACCAUAAGCCUCAACGUUCUGCUAUGAUCACUCAGUCUCCCUUGUCCUCCCACCAGGUCAUAGACGACUUGCAUGUUUACGCUUGGCCUGUAACGGAUGUUUCACAGGAGCCGUCGCCAACAGCCGGAUUGGAUGUAGGAAACAGGAUUCCCUCUGUGUCUCCAAGUGUCAGCAAAAACCUGGCAGCUGUGGACGUCACCAGCAGCGUCCUGGGCAGCGGCAGCAGGUCUACGUCAGUCCCAGAGAGCGGCAGCAAGCCUCGGGUAUCGGAGCCCUCAGCCAAUAAAUUAAGCACAUUAGAUACCAGAAGUGCCGGUAUUGAUCUAGGGGCGGGCGAGGAGCGGCACUGGCGGCUCGCUGCGCUCACCACUGUGCAGGAAAAACUCAUAUCAUUAAAUCAUGGAAAUGGCGUGGCAGAUAACACCCAGGAAGAGCCAGCAACCACUGCGGUACACGCCUCGGCCGCAACCAGACGUGUGAGAUCAGCCCCAGAUCCCCAACCAACUGCUCCACUAUCCUCACCAACUAUCUCACCCCUCGCAGGAAGCGUCCAGGAGCUGGCUUAUAACCCUGCAGCACCGUCAUCGGCAUAUAAUUCUUCGUUUACCACUCCGACGUCAGAAAACACACCGUCGGGAGCCAAAGAAAACCAAGCGGCAGACGUGGGUGCACAGUCGACGUCAAGAAACGGUACACAAGUGGGCUCAGGGGCCUCAUCGGUGGUACUCAUGAAUAAUCCAGAAACAUUAGGCACAGCAGCAGCACACGGCCAGGACCGUCGGCCGACAGCUGUAACUGGAGCUCCCCAUUAUGUUAUUACAGCAACAGCCGCUGCCACUACAGGGAAGGGUGUUCCGGAAUACCACACCACCACCAGCUCACAACUCACUGACGAUGAAAAUGUAAUCUUGGGUGAGAGAGGGAACAGCAUGUCGGCAAGCCUCGUGGGGCCCGUCUUACCUGAUCACAUGACCGCACCUUCAUCAGGAGUACUAGAGGAUAUCUCGCCUCAAGAGGACGCUUCACUAUAUGACACUGAAUAUCAAGUAACUCCAGCAACAUUAGCAACUCCCCAUGCACUACCGCCAUUCCUGGGGGACAUGCCAGGCCUCGCCCAGCACGAGGUCACACACACCCAACCUAAUGAUAACCUAGAGAAGCUGGGUACUGCAACAAGGGUUGGAGACCCAUAUCCUAUGGCUCCUGAUGUUGAGACUGCAACUACCUGGGUCACCACCUCACAAACAACGUAUCAGGUUCCCUUCUUACAAAGUGUGCAGACUUUCUCAGAUAGUGGCCAAAUCAUCCCUACUGCGAUAGCAGAAAAUUCACAGUUCAUCAUCAAUCAGGUGAGUGUACAUUUGCCCGGUGAGCACGUCGUAAAGGGUGUUAUUGGCCUGGCCCCACCAAUUGAUAUACCUCCACAAAGCACACUCGACUCACCUGUUGAAGCCUCGAUAAUGACCGACGAGGUCAUUAUCGAGUUGAGUGAGUUGAAUGGUCAUUCAACUCACUCAGCCUCGCUGCUCCGUCCCAAAGUUAAAAGUACAGCCAUAGAUACUGGUGAGCCAACUGAGAUCAACGGCGACGUGAACUCAGCUCUUAAUUCUCUCUUAGCAGUGACAACAAUGGGAGAAGAGACAACGCAAACACAGGACGUAAGAGCCUUAGUUGCCGCCACUGGAAAGCCCCUCUCAGAUGGGCCCAUAAAACCCCGCCGCUUGGAGGCUAAUAAUACAAACCUCGCAGCCUCUCGCGAGGGUUCUCGAGCUAAUCACAAUGAAGAUAAUAUAAUGCCAAAUCCGCAAGUUGCGCCAACUAUUAGCCAUAAAGUCGACUCAGAGCUAGGGGAAGCCCUUGCUAGUGGUCCCAGAGGACAACUAGGGGACCAGCCACUACUUGGAGAAGAGGAAGAACGAGCUGGAGGUGGGCAGGAAAAUCCUCAGAAAAAGAAUGAAAAUCCUCGAGAGGGAUUUCAAUCGGAACACUCAGACCAACUGAGAAAUUACAAAAGACUAGAAAAGGUUCAUGACGAGCAAUCAGAUCAUUUUAAUCUUCCAGAAAAUAGCUUUGAACUUCCACAAAUUAUAAAUAUUCUGGAAAAUCAAGAGCAGAGAGACGAACCCAGAGGGUUGCAUCAAGACCUUGAAGGGAGAACGAGCGAUCGUAACCUUAAACUAUCUUCUGCCUAUAAGGAAAAUGUCCAUCAGGAGGGCAACGACUUCCAGAGAAGGGGUGGCGACAACGACGACCCAGAGGGGGCUCCCGUCAAGAUAUUGACGUCGUCUCUCUUCCACCAGGAAGGUCACUACCAAAGGGCAGAGUUCUCCGCUUUGAGGACUGUCCAGCGGGAUGCAGCCGACUUUGAUGGGAAGCUCGAGAGAGCCCAAGUGUCCUCUGGUGUCUCGAGGGAAGGUGGUGGUGGUGGCCGGCUAAAUACUCAGCCUAAGCAACACAACAUAUUGUUGAUGGAUCAAAACUAUGAACAGCGAGAUAAUGAAGAACAACAAGAACAUAGCACUCUACAAGAUAAUAAUGAACAGCGAGAAAAAGUACAACAGCAAGAACACAGUUCUCUGCAGCAGCAAGAUAAUAAAGAACAAGAACACAGUUCUCUGCAGCAGCAAGAUAAUGAAAAACAAGAACACAGUUCUCUGCAGCAGCAAGAUAAUGAAAAACAAGAACACAGAGCUCUGCAGCAGCAAGAUAAUGAAGAACAUGAACACAGAGCUCUGCAGCAGCAAGAUAAUGAAGAACAACAAGAACACAGUUCUCUGCAGCAGCAGGAUAAUGAAGAACAGCAAGAACAUGGUGUUCUGCAGCAGCAAAAUAAUGAAGAACAGCAAGAACAUGGUGUUCUGCAGCAGCAAAAUAAUGAAGAACAGCAAGAACACGGUGUUCUGCAACAGCAAGAUAGUGAAGAACCGCAAGAACACAGUGCUGUAAAGCAGCAAGAUAAUGAAGAACAGCAAGAACACAGUGCUCUAAAGCAGCAAGAUAAUGAAGAACAGCAAGAACACAGUGUUCUGCAACAACAAAUGAAACACGAACAUAGUGAAUACCAGCAAAAUAGUGCAACAACAGAGCCAAAUGUAGAAAGAGAACACGGCCAGAAAAGCCAUCAUGUUAUUGAUCACAGAGAUAACAGAGCGCCUAUCCAUGGUACCGAGGACAAGCCUGACCUCGAGUCCCCCGCCCACACCCGCGCCAUCGCCACCCCUCACGCCCACACGCCCUCCCACGCCCACAAUACGAUGCCUGUCUUUACACCCACCCACUCACCACCCCAAGAGGAAAGACGGCGUGAAAGCACACAGGAAACUCACGAGGGAUUACCCAGAGAGGAGGGUCAGAUCCCCAUGAUUUCCACCUCACGAGAGGAAUAUAAUGUCAGGGAUGAAGCAGCGAAGAGGGGAUACACAACACACAGUCCUGAGACUUCAGCGGGCGUCAAUAUUGCCGAUAAACACGUUGAAGACGGGUUUUCUGCCGGUGAAGAUGCUGUGGAUAGUUCUGCCGGAGAAGAUGCUGCGGGUAGUUCUGCCAGAGAAGAUGCUGUGGGUAGUUCUGCCGGAGAGGACUCUGUGGAUCGCUCUGUUGGAGAACACUCUGUGAAUGGUUCUGGCGGCGAGUACGAGUCAAGUGGUUCUGUUGCAAAAGACAGUGUUAGGAAAAAAGCUACCCUAGAUGACUUAUCUGCCGAUAAAGUGGUUGAAAGUGGCUCUAACUUGGUAGUUUUACCUGGUUUACAGCGGGAAGAUGUUGCAGGAAGAUCUUCUGCCGAUGAGACAUCAUCACGGCAAACUGAAGAUGGCGAGGAUAUAACUGAUGGCCAGGAGGAUUCAUCACCAUUUUCAUCACCAAAACAUAGUGAGGUAAAUGUUGAUCACAGGAUUAGUCCCUCGCAACCCUUGGUUGGGCACAACCAACAAUCACCCGGUAAUGUCGCUGGAAGCGAGGCCUCCCCUGAAAUUUCCAUGGUAAUGGCGGCUGACGAUCGGAAAGGGCCAGUAGACCAGGUCAUUCCCUCCGGAGCGGUCUCGGCGUCUUCCCUCGUCUACGAGGGGGAAGAGGAUGGAUGGAGAAGCAACAGUGGAGGAUCCUCGAACAAAGAGAGUGAAGGUACAGUUGAAGUGACACCAUUCUCGGAUAUCGAUACUCCUUUCGACGCCCGUGAGAGUAAUAUAAAUUCUUACCCGGGCGCUAGUGGCUCUCUCGCUCUCCCUAUCAUUGGAGAUAUUUCGCUGCAAAAAAUACCUUUAUCUGUAAGGGACCAACAAACCAGCGUUGGAAUCACCGGCAUUGAUGGAAUUGGAAUCAAUGACCUAGAGGACAAAGAUCAAAGAAGCAAAACAAGAAACGGAAUUUCUCUUUCCAAGAGCAACCAAACUGGAGAAAUUGCCGCCAAGGGUCCCUCUGCCCCGGCGACACACACAGGCCACAGUGUUAUCCUGCCAGAGGAGUAUAAACGCCAGAAAAGUAUCGAAUCUCUGGAAAAGCAAUCAGCUCCUGGGUUUCUGGAAGCAUCCACCAGACCGGGUUACAGUGAGCGUAAGGAAUCGAGUAUCGAUACAGAGGGAUCUGAAGCCAACCAAGGACACUCUUUCCUUUCAAGAAGCAAUCAAAUGGUGGGUGAUCCCAAUCAGGAGUCCGUCCACGCUCACGUCAGCUCACUGGAUCCUGUUGAGGAAAAUAGAGAUCAGAUCCCGUCUCCAUCGAUCUUGAGUAACAGCGACGUGGGCGGUAAUAUGAUGAGUUCUGACGAGUACGAGUAUGAUAAAGAUUAUCCUUACUAUUUCAGUGGAAUCUUUGAUUAUGAACCCUUGGAUGAAGAGACGGAUUAUGAAGAAAGAAACAAUAAUCACGAUGGAGAAGUGGGAAAGGAGGAUAAUUCCAGGCACGAGGGUAUUGAAGAGGACGAGAGAGAUCUCAAGAGGAUUCCAGGAGGCUCACUGGAUCGCACUCGGGAAGGUUCAUUACUGGACGAGGAGAGCGACAGUGGACCUUCAGAAGGGACCCACACCAUCCGUCGUCCCACCCUACCUACGACAGCGCACGUGUCGUCGUCUGGCUCCAUUUCCUCCGAGGGGAGUGGCGACCCUGACGCAACUAGUGAGGCAACCCAUGUAGAUUUAGCUGCUAGAAGAACCUUGGAUGCUCAGGGAGCUUAUCACAGCAACAUUUCAACUGAUAGCAAUAGCGACAGUAUUUCUACUGGCAGCAGCGAUAGCGUCUAUGAUAACAGCAGCAGUGAUAGUACUAAUGGCAACACCAGCACUAUUCCCCAUGACGGCAGCCCCAGCGGCCGGCCGGGUGGUUCACAUCACAGUGUUAUGCCCCAUCGCGAACCAUGGCAAUCCCAGGAUUCCCCAUGCAAAUGUCCGUGUCAGUGCGAUGGAGGUGAGAAUCCCCCAAUAAUGCCAGGGCGUGUCGAGGCAAAUCUCAAUUCUGGGUCUGGUGCAGGUGGGCCGGGCCACCAGGAGAGCCCAGCCUCGCCCCCAGCCUCGCCCCCAGCCCACGAGCACCGCCACCGGCACCACCACAACGGCACCAGGUCCUCCACGCACACACACCACGCUACCACACAAUCACUAACUUCCUACACACUAGAAACAGAUAGCGACAAGGACUUAACAAACAUUCAGUCAGCUGUAGACGCCCAUACGCCCACGCCGCCUUUGUCGCAUCAUUCUACCAUCGUUGACAUGGUGCUUGAGGCACCAAGACUCGAUGGAAAUGUGUAUGUAGACGGCGCCGAGGCUUACUUAGCUGUAGACGGAGCCAACACGGCCGAGGAUGUCGUGGUGAUCAGGAAACACAGUUACACACUUGUCAAUGCCCCGGCAGUGACACAUGUCGUAGCCGCUCCGGACGUGGUCUUCGCCGGCUCCACAAGACCGACGCUCGCGCCCACAACUGCCACCAGCACCACAAACCUGCCCACCAUCCAUGCCACGCUGAUGCUAGACACGCCAGGUGGGAUGACGGUGCGGCGCCCCCAGCAAGUGGCGCCUCCGGACGGAGCCUCGUUUUCCGCUCUGGCGCUGGGGGAGGAGAAGGCCUUCACCCUCACUCCGUACGGCUACUGGAACAUCCACCUUACACUCAACGACCUUACUGAUCUCAAGAUCACUCUCACCAUCCCCAGAGGGACGUCGCUGGGUCUGUACGCCCGCCGGAGCGCCCUGCCCACACACACGCAACACGACAUCAUGAAGAUCCUGAGGGGCACGCGGCAGCGGGACGUCAGAGCUUCUCCGAGCAUGGUGGAGGUGUCGGUGGAGGAGGUACUGGAGGCUGGCGAAUGGUUCCUCUCCAUCUACAACGACGAUGGAGAGCCACACCAGGUGGCACUGGUCAUCAGCAGGGGCCCUGGCGAGGGAGAGUGCCCCCAGAGAUGCGAGGAAAGAGGCCACUGUAUCCUAGGACGCUGCCAGUGUGAGCCAGGCUACAGCGGUAUAGACUGUUCUCAAGUACUGUGCCCCAUCCUGUGCUCUGGGCACGGCGACUACAUGAACGGGCAGUGUCGGUGCCAUCCAGGGUUCAAGGGCAAGGAGUGCCAGCUGCGGCAUCACGAGUGUGAGGUGCCGGACUGUAACGGACAGGGCCAGUGCGUGGACGGCCAGUGCCACUGCGCUAAGGGCUACACCGGAGAGUUUUGCCAGACAGUUGACUGCCCGCACCCGACGUGCUCAGGCAACGGGUGGUGCGUGCUGGGGUCGUGUGUGUGUCAGAAGGGGUGGAGAGGGCCUGACUGCUCCGAGACCGACCUGGACGCCCGCCAGUGCCUGCCGGACUGCAACAACCACGGCGCCUUUGACAUAGAAUUGCAUACCUGCGUCUGCCACCCUCCCUGGACGGGCUCCGACUGUUCCAAAAAGUCGUGUUCGCUGGACUGCGGGCUGCACGGAGUGUGUGAGAACGAUGCCUGCACCUGUGACGAGGGCUGGAAAGGUGACAACUGCUCCGAGAAGCUCUGCGAUGCCAGAUGCAGUGAACAUGGGCAGUGCAAGAAUGGCACUUGCGUGUGCAUGACAGGAUGGAAUGGCCGUCACUGCACACUCUCUGGCUGCCCUGGCAACUGUCGCAACCGGGGCACCUGUGAGGCCACAGCUGAAGGAACCUGGUACUGCCGCUGUGAGACUGGCUGGGAUGGACCUGACUGUUCAGCCAUGCUAGAGACCCAGUGCAAUGAUGGCAUGGACAAUGACCGAGAUGGCCUGAUGGAUUGCCAGGAUCCAGAAUGCUGCACCCAUCAAGCGUGCAAAGACUCUCAGCUUUGUGUUUCCCGAGCCUCGUCCCCCAUUGACAUUCUCUUGAGGAAGCAGCCCCCAGCGGCGACUGCUUCCUUCUUUGAGAAAAUGAAAUUCUUGAUUGAAGAAGAUUCACUGCAGCACUUUACUAAUAGCGAAGCAUUUAACAUGAGUGUUUUUUGGAACCACUUCCACCCGAGGAGAGCGGCUGUGGUUCGUGGGCGUGUGGUGACCAGAGCCGGCAGGGGCGUGGUGGGCCUCAGGGUAUCGACCAUUGAGAACCAGGAGGGCUUCACACUCACCCGGCGGGAUGGAUGGUUCGAUAUCAUGGUCAAUGGAGGAGGAGCAGUCACCCUAACAUUUGGCAAGCCACCCUUCAGUCCAAAGACGAUCCGUGUAAUGGUGCCUUGGAAUGAAGUGGUAGUGUUGGACGAUAUCAUGAUGACAGUGACGGGCUUGUCUGGUAGUGAUCAGACCACUGACUAUCACGACCAUCCGAAGAGACAACUGACCUCUCACUGUCCCCUCCAUGACUAUGAUCUUCUGAGGCCCGUUGUUAUGGCAACCUGGCAGAAUGUUUUCCAAGGAGAAUGUCCAGAUGUUGAUGCCAUCCUGGUGGAGUCACAAGCAGUCCAGGAAUCCGUUCAGAUUCCUGGAACUGGGAUGUAUUUGGUGUAUCAUUCUUCCAGGGCCAAUGGAUAUGAGUCAACUAUCAGAAUGCAAUUGACUCCUGAUCACAUCCCAGCUACAUUAAGAAGGAUCCACCUCAGGAUAGUUCUAGAAGGCACCCUGUUCACCAGGGUCUUCGAGGCCGACCCUAAUAUAAAGUUCACCUAUGCUUGGGAUCGUCUGAAUGUAUACAGGCAGCGUGUGCAUGGAGUGACAGUGGCCAGGGUUUCCGUGGGAUAUGAACAUGCCUCCUGUCCGAAGAUCAUCUGGGAGCAUCAGACAGCUAGAGUAGCUGGCAAUGAUCUCCUCAUCUCAAAGGUUGGCGGUUUUAAUCUCCACGUUCACCAUGCCUAUAAUUACCACCAAGGUAUCUUGCAAAAGGGCAACGGCCAAAACAUAUAUCUGGCUGGUCAACGUCGCCUUGUGACAACUCUACUAGGUACCGGAGAGCAGAGAGAAGUUAACUGUGGGGAAAGGUGCGAGGGAAAAGCCAACCUCUCCCCUUUGCUGGCUCCCACCUGCCUUGCGGCAGCUCCCGACGGUUCCCUCUACGUUGGCGACUUCAAUCUAAUCCGACGCGUUAAACCCGAUGGGACUGUCAUCACUGUCGCCAGGCUAAAUGAGACUCGCGUAUCAUACCGGUAUCACGUGGCUGUGUCACCCCUGGACGGGUCAGUGUAUGUGAGUGACCCCGAGGCCCACCAGGUGUUAAAGCUGGCAGCCACCGAGAACGUGCCAGACCCCCACCACAACACUAUUGCCGUGGUCGGCUCUGGCCAGCGCUGCCUCCCGGGAGACAGGAACAAAUGUGGUGAUGGAGGGUAUGCCAUUCAUGCCAGGCUUACCUAUCCCAAGGGCCUUGCCAUCUCAUCAAAUGGGGACGUCUAUAUAGCAGAUGGUACCAACAUCCGCGUUGUGAAUCCCACUGGAUUCAUCUAUACACUUAUUGGUGGCCACGAUCACCGCUCCCACUGGGCUCCCGUCCCAUGCAACGGUACCAUCAACAUGGACCAGCUACACCUCCGCUGGCCCACUGAGCUUGCUAUCUCCCAACUGGAUGGUUCACUUCACAUUCUCGAUGAUCAUCUUAUCCUCAGGGUCACUCCAGACAAUCGCGUACAGGUGUUGAGCGGACGGUCUCUCAACUGCCCAACACCAAUUCACGACCCCCCUGAUGUAUCCCGCACAGCUCUACUGUUAAAUCCACAGUCCAUUGCUUUCUCACCCCAAGGGGAGCUGUAUGUUGCAGAAAGCGACACUCAGCGUAUCAACAGAGUGCGCAUUAUAACUAGUGAUGGCCGCAUCUAUACUUUUGCUGGUGCAGACUCUCGGUGCAAUUGUCGAGAUCCAACCUGUUACUGUCAUACUUACGACAACGUGUCGGCAUCUUCUGCCAUCUUCUCUUCCAUAUCAUCUAUUGCUGUUACACCUGACAAUGUUCUGCAUAUCAGUGACCAAGCUGGAUACCGUGUUAGAUCAGUGCGAACUGUACUUCCAGAACUAAAUGUUCGCAAACAGUAUGAAAUAUUCUCCCCUGAUGCCCAUGAGGUAUAUGUGUUCAAUAAAUACGGGCAGCAUGUUGAAACUCGAAAUCUUGUCACAGGCCAGACCAUUUACAAGUUUUCAUACAGUAUAAAUUAUAGUGCUGCAAGGUUGUUAACUGUGACAGAUGGUGCUAGUAAUAGAUUCCAGCUCAUCCGCAACUACUUUGGAGAUGUCACAUCUAUAGAAAACCCACAGAAACAACGAGUAAAAAUAAACUUAUCGAUGAUGAAGAUGUUGGAACAGCUUGUGGCCCCUGAUGGUUAUAAUAUUACUUUUCGGUACCAUGGAGCCUCAGGCCUCAUGCGCUCCAAGAUUGAGGCUGUUGGUCGAUCUUACAACUACGACUACGACGAACAAGGUCGCCUAACACAAGCUGUCUUACCAACUGGUCAGGUCAUUCAACUAACCUUUGACCUGAGUACACGAGGGGCUGAGGUUGUUGUUACGCGAGAUGGAAAGAAUCCAGUAAGGACGAGAGUCAGAGGAAAUACGCUAACCCACAACUCAGCAGAAUACAUAUUUCCUGACAUUGCAGGGCCCGUUGAGGCAGUGGCAGACAUGGGUGGGGAAGGUCAGCUGCGGCUGGUGACAGACUGGGGCCAUGAGGUGUCACUGGAGAGGACGUCGUACAGAGUGUUGGAGUCUACCAGUCAGAUUGCUGCAGAGAUGUUCCCAAUCUUGUCCCGCCAGCAGACACACAUCAGCGGCGAGCUUGUCAACCGUUACGAGUGGAUCUAUUCUCCUGCCAGCCAACAUAGUGGUGGACUCGGCAUGAAGGUUGCUGGAACACUGAGAGUGAAUGGCGCCGACCUCCUUACACUCAGUUAUGAUCCUGUCUCGUCAUCCGAGGCUCUCUUCUCUGUCUCGGGCCAGAUGCUCAUCAACAUUACGUAUGAUACUGUGGGACGACCUGUCAGGUGGAGACCAGUGUCACCCCUAGUUCCCAGUAAUGUUAGCUAUGACCACUGGGGACACAUAACUGGUUGGACCCGAGGUAACCUGUCAGAGGAGUACCACUAUGAUACUUCACUGAGACUCACCUCUGUAACGUAUGCUGAUGGGGCCACAGUGAACUAUGACUACAGAGAAACACUGACGAAGCCUGAGAAGGUGACACACCCGAGUGGUCGAGCCUACGGUCUUGUGUAUGACGAUGCUGGUUCCCUUCGUCAGGUGGUCACCCCGCGAGGUUCAGCCUACACUCUCCACCUCUCCACCUCACUUGGCUUUUAUAGGCUACGUCUUGCCCUGCCUGUAGACAGUAUUGCACUUCAGAUCCGGUUGGAUGAGCGAGGACGUCUGCUAGCAAUGACACAGCCUGGCCAUGGAGGUACACUCAUCUAUCAAUAUAAUGAUCUUGGACAAGUCAGCGCUGAGCUCUAUGGUCAUGGCUUCACUGAAUACACUUAUUAUACCAAUGGCCUCAUCCGCACUGCCAAAACCAAACACAAACAUGUUGAUAUCAGAACUGAAUAUCGCUACCAUGCUGGGCUGAUGAAAGAUAUGCGGUUGCGCUACGGUUCCAAGAGCGACUUGCAUGCUGUCAAACUAAGAUAUCAGUACGAUGGCUCAGCAAGGCUCCGCAAACUCGAGGGUGACAUCAACUCCGAUAUUCCACUUAACGAAGUAUAUAUUCGUUUUGACAACCAGACUGGUGUCCUUCAGCUGAUUAGCGACCUUCGCAUUAUAAGAAAUAAUAUCUUGGAAACGAUGCUUCAGAACCCAAAGAAACAUUAUGUGAACACUCGCAAACAAGAUAACUACGGCCGCCUCUCUCAAAUUGAUAUGAACCUGCAGGGAAAGACAGUUUUCAUAAUGCAACUUAAAUACGACAACCGCAAUAGAAUAUCUGAACGGCUAAUUGAAGUGGGUGGUCGCCGAGAAGGACUCAAUAUUACAUAUAUGGCUGAUGGACAGAUUCUGGAGGCAACAGGAACUCAUACAUGGCUUUAUAGUUAUGAUGAAAAUGGAAACAUCAUCAGUAAUACUGACAAAGGUUACCCUGAGAAUCUUAUUUACGAUGAAUGCGAUAGAGUGACCAGUGUCAGUGGCAGUCAAGUUGAGUAUGAUGAGAGAGGCUUUGUCAUCAGAAUUGACAACCAAAAUUUUGAUUAUAAUACCAAAGGUCAACUUAUUUCAGCUUGGAACAGUGAUGAAAACUGGUCAUUUACUCUGGGAUAUGACCAUCUGGGUCGUGUCUCCAUCUACCGUGAUCACAACAACAAUGCUACUCAAUUGAUCUAUGGACGACCUGACCUCCCUGAACUGAUCACACACCUACAUAAUCCUCACACUGGUUCAACUACUGGCCUCCUCUAUGAUGACAUGAACCAUCUGAUUGCCAUUGACCAGCCAGAUGGUAGAUAUUUUGUAGCCACAGACCAAAAUGGCACACCCAUAGCCAUUUUUGACGACGUCGGUUCACUCAUUAGUAGUCAGGUGUGGUCGCCGUUUGGCCAUCUGGUGGAUAAAGCCGGUUCCAACAUGUGGGUGGGUGUUGGUCCUUGGGGCAAGUUCAGGGAACCUCAGACAGGCCUGGUGAUCUUCAUGGGUUAUGCAUAUCACCCAAAAUUACUGCAAUGGAUGAGUCCUCGAUGGGGUCAUUUAACUCAGCCCAGACGACAUGUGACAGACGUGUUUGUAUACCGGUUCAUGAACAACAACCCAUUCAACCCUUCAUCAGAUCGCCUAAGACACUACUACACAGAUGUAUCUGACUGGUUGGAGCUCUAUGGCAUUGAGCUGAGCAGAGUGCUGGGCUCCGAGUACCACGAUAUUACGCUAGUGGCACCUCGUCCAGUGGUAGCCGUGGAUGGAAUGGGUGCCUCUGAGGUGGUUAGUGGCCUCUGGUGCCAAUACAGGGCUGGAGUAAGGCAUCUACAUGAUCUCAGCUUCUUCUCCCAGUCCCACAUUCAGUACACAAUGGGCACAUGGAAUGGUGCGCCAAUCUCCCGUCAAGCAUCGAUCUUUGGGCCUGGAGUCCUCGUGUCAGACAUUGAAGGUCGAGUUCUUGUAACAGGCGUUACGGAGGACGACUUUUCAGGAGUGAUUGGUGAUGUCAUUCGAACAGUUCUCAACAAUUCGAUAAUAUUAGAUGUAAGUGCUACCCACAGUGGCCUUGACACAUUCUAUUUCAUCAAGAACAGUCGAAACCGUGCCACUGAGGACAUAAGUCACUUCCGGCGACUUUCCGGCAUCUUCAACGUGACUAAUAGCGAGACGGAUCAUGGCCACGAGAUCCGCAUGUCAACACCGACAGCUCACCUGGUCAUCAUGUAUGGUGAACGAGUACAAAGGGCACGCACCCGUGUCUUAGAAGAGUUAGAAAAACAGGCUGAAGACCUGGCAUGGGCACGAGAAGGAGCGCUUGUGAGCGUGGGCCGUCCAGGCACCCACGUCUGGUCCAAGGAGGAGGCUAAUGAGCUGGUGAGGGAGGGCCGUGUUUCUGGCUAUGUGGCCACACACCUCCAUUCUACCUCCCGUUAUCCACUCCUAGCCGCCGAUGCCUCCAAUAUCGUAUUUAAACACGAAAGUUCCCGCAAGCGGCGCAAGAGCCGCAGAAAGGGUCGCAAGAAGAGUUGGCGACAGCGCAAGAAAGGUGGUGUUUGAAGCAAUGUUGUGCUAACCAAGGUUUUGGCAGUAAUGCUGUACCGCUGAACUUCCAGGCAUACGCUACUGAAUCUGCCUUUAUCGACAGAUUGUGAUAUAAUUGUACAUAUUUAUGUAAACUUAACAGAGUUUCGAUAUAUACGCAUACUGAGUGCGUUUUUGUUCUUUCUAUAUGAGGUGAAUUAAGAAUGUAACUUUCAUGAUUAUCAUCAUAUUAUAUUCAGUGUUCUUAAGAAACCCAACUGAACCCAUAUAUCAAUUAUGAAGACUUUUUGGUGUUUCUUUCAUGUGGUUUUUACUUACGGCUGUAUCCUGCGGUAAUCCUACGCUGUACAAUAUGUCAUGUAUUAUGUAAAGUAACAUAAUGAGUUUUUAAUAAAUAUUUCGAUGUACAUUUA